ACGAAAGCACCAGAGAACAAAAAAUUACUCGAUACCGCUAUAAUCUUAUCCUUCCUCAGAAAAACAUCGUCUACUGACACUUCACCAGAAUUGAAAGAAAAAGUUGCAAAAGCAGAAAAAUAUUUGAAGACUGAGUUAGGAAGUGAUGAAAAAAUUAAAGAAUUACUUAAAAAAACCGAUACAGCUGUUGUUGAUCUUGCAACGAAAAAAGUGAAAAAAGUGAUCAAAGAAAAAGCGGAUCAAGUGAUUGUUGAAAAAAUUCAAGGAGCUGUAACUGAAAAAGAUAUCACAGAAGUCAUUGAAACUCAAAAUAAUGAUGGAUCAUACAAAAAAAUAUCCGACCAAAUUACCGAAAAACUUGGCAUAACUAUAAUCGAAAAUAUUUCAUCUUCCAUUCAUAUUAUUGAUGAACGUGUCAGAAAAUUCGAUACCAAAGUAUGGAACACAUUCAUAACAAUAGCCUACUGCAAUAAAGUGUUAGGAAAAUGGAUAGUUCAAAUUGAAAAAGCCCGCGCUUGGUUACAUGCUCAAAUCGAAAAUGAAAAAUUGGAAAAUAAAAUUUUAGAAUCUUGUGAGAAAGUAAUUGAGGAAGUUUACAGUAAAAAGAAAGAAUUAUCGGCAGAUAAAGUGAAUACUAACAAGGCAUUUUUAACUAUUCCUUUAUUAUCAACUUUGGUCAUUUUAUUUUUUCUUGAAUAUGAAGAAUAUGAUAAAAUGAUUGAAGAAAAUAUUUUCACACAAAUUAAUGGGAGAGUGAAAGUUAUUAUUAGCCAAAAAUAUAUUAAUGAAAUUGAUAAUCAGAUAAAAAAUUUGCAACCUAUUAAAAAAUUGCUUCUGGAAUAUUUGGUCAUUCAAAAAAAUAAAAGAGCUAAUCACAUAACAAGGCUUGUCGAAAGUUGUAAUUCAUUUUUCCAAGAUCUUUUGAAGAAUGAGAGUAACACAUAUUUGAUACCUUUAGCUAUUACUUUUGCAAUUGUGCAUCUUACUGUCUUAAGAGAAUCUAUAAAAUUAAAAAUG